AAUGCCCUUGGUAUAUCCUCAGCUUGUAUUUAUUUGUCUGAUUCUCUUCGCCGGAAGCCUUCUCAUAACGCCACUCUUUGUAACGACUUCUUUCCUCUUUAUUUCAGGUAAUUUAGUGACUAUCGUCGCCCUCAGCAGGAGUGUCAAGUUAAGGGUUCACGCCACCACCGCCUUCGUCAUCAGCCUGUGCGUCUCGGACUUACUCUUCUGCUCUAUCAACCUCCCACUCACCGCCUCCAGGUACAUCCACGAACAAUGGGUGCUUGGAGACGCCCUCUGUAAGAUCUUCCCCUUCUUCUUCUACGGCAAUGUGGCAGCAUCACUCCUCAACAUGGUCGCCAUCACUAUCAACAGAUACAUCCUCAUCGCCCACCACGGCCUCUACGACCGUGUGUACCGCCGCCGCUACAUCGGGCUGAUGAUCGCCUUCGUGUGGCUCUUCUCCUUCGGGAUGAUGGUGCCCCCGCUGGCCGGCGUCUGGGGGAAGCUGGGGCUGGACCCUCCUUCCUUCUCCUGCACCAUCCUCAAGAACAACGGCUCCUCGCCCAAGAAGUUCCUGUUCCUGUUCGGCUUCCUGCUCCCGAUGGUGGCCAUCAUCGGCUGCUACUCGGCCAUCUACUACAAGGUCCGCCAAUCACGCCUGAACCUCGCCGCCCACAGCGCCAACAGCGCCACGCCGGGCGCCAAGACGAACUCGUCCGCGUACGGCGCCCAGACGGCCCGCAAGGAGGACCUGCGCCUCACCAGAAUGAUGCUCACCAUCUUCCUGUGCUUCCUCGUCUCCUUCCUGCCGCUCAUGAUAGUCAAUGUCGCCGACGAUGACGUUGCCGUGCCCUCCCUGCACGUGCUGGCCUCCGUUCUGGCCUGGGCCUCCGCCGUCGUGAACCCCUUCGUGUACGCCGUCACCAACCGCAACUACCGCACGGCCUACCGGAAGUUAUUUUGUACCCGGCGGAGCAAGCGCGCGGGUCGGGCCUCAAAUUCGCAUUCCAAAAGCAACUCGUCACGCACUUUCAUUACUGACUGCCAAUACCACGCCUCGACGGGACAGGUCACCAGCCCCGUCCUCAAUUGCCCUUCCCCUGAGGUGUGAGUCCAGCCCGCCGAACCUGGCCUCUCCUCGCCCUGGG